AUGCAUCACCCAGCAGACCUGAAGGUGGUCAACAGGGACAAGCUCCACCAGCGGAUUAGCAAUCUGCCCACCUGGGCUGUUCCUCCGCCUGCAGCCCUAGAGGCUGUGAUCAGAUCUGUAACAGGAGCAGACAACUUAGAGUGGGACCCCAUGGCAAAUGGAACCAUUGCACUCAAGUUUGAUACAGAGCAAGUCUGGAUGGCCCGCCAGAACAUCAAGAUCUACAUCACCUACAGGCCUAGUGUUCCCAAGGUGGACUUGAAGAUGUGUAGCAUCAACUUCUUCGCCCUGUUUGUGAACGCGACCUACGGCGGGCCGUGUGGCGACAAUGGCGCGUGGUGGAACGCGACGGCGCCGACAACGCCCCCCGUUCGCGAGGCGGUCUGCUUCUCCUCUGAUGGCCGAGUGCCGUACUACUUUACCUUUGUCAACCCGAGUGGCGAAACGGCGGCGCCCUCUUUCCUCAAGGUGUCCCACUUUGUGCUUGGGACUCCUCCCUCCGACCUCUUCAAAAUCCCCUCCACCUGCCCCUGUGCUGGGACCACGCUGGUCGGCAGCGGCUACUCUGCCCCCGGCCAGUCGUCCACGAGCUCGCCCUGGACACAACCGCCUGCACAGCAGCAGCAGACCUGGAACGGCCCUGGCGGCGGCUCCACCCCUUCCGCCUACCCGCCCCAGCCACAGCAGCUACCUGCCCAAGCACAGGGAGGCGCGCCAUAUCCCGGCCAGCAGCCACCACCGCCGCCGGGCCAGCAGGGCGGCGGCUAUCCACAGCAGCCUCAGCAGCAGCAGCCAACGUGGAACGCGGGCCAGCAGGGCGGCGGCUAUCCUCCCCAGGGCGGACCCCCUCAACCUCAACCUCAGGCGCCGGGCCAGCAGGGCGGCGGCGGCGGCGGGGCUGAUGUGGCCAAGACGAGCUAUCCCGCAUCGCCGCAGCCGACGUGGCAGGCGCCUGGACCCGGCCCAACCGGCGGGGCGUACCCUGGACCCCAGGGGCAGCAGCAGCCGCCGCACGGUGGCUAUCCUCCCCAAGGGCAGCAGCAGCAGCCCGGCGGACCUGGUGGCGGCUGGAACCAGCAGCAGCAGACGCCACAACCGGGCGGCGGCCAGCCCGGUGGUCCCGCCUACCCACAGCAGCCGCAGCAGGGCGGCGGCGGCGGCGGCGGCUAUCCUCCCUACGGCGGCGCUUCCUACCCACCUCAGCAGCAGCAGCAGCCCGGCGGACCUGGUGGCGGCUGGAGCCAGCAACAGCAGCAGCCCGCGUACCCACAGCAGCAAGCACAGGGCGGCGGUUAUCCGCAGAGCUCAGCGUGGGGAGCGCAGGGCCAGGGCCAGCAGCAGGUUGGCUGGGGUGGCCCGCCGGCCGGAGCGCAGCAGCAGCAGCCGCAGGGCGUGGGCGGUCCUCCCGCGGUGAUGAUGCCGACGUCGGCCACGGUCUACACCAAGACGACGACCUACGGUGCGGCGGCGCCCGGCCCGGCCUACGGCGGCGCCGGUGGCUACCCUCCGCAGCAGGCGCCCUCCACAGGCGGCCCGUGGGGCGGAUUGGCCGCGCCCUCGUCGUCCUCCUUUGCCUCUCUACCGCCCAAGAGCUUCAACGUGACUCAGGGCUGGCUGGCCUAUUACGGUCAGCCGUCGCCGGACGAGAUGAUGAUUCUGCGGGAGUGGUUCAAUGCGGUCGACCAAGACGGAAGCGGAGAAAUCGACUCAGAGGAGCUCCAGCGCGCGUUGGCGGCGAGUGGAGACAACUUCGACAAGCAAGCUCUGGAGCUGAUGGUGUCCAUGUUCGACGACACCGGCAGUGGCCAAAUCGACAUCUCAGGUGCGGCCCAUUGUAGCAGUCUCGGCUUUGUUACAAUGUCGUCCCGCGUCAGACUUACCUGA